UAAAAGGACGUAUAACUUAUAAGCUUAUUUAUAAAAAAUCUAAGAAGCCGUAAAAACUUCAUUUGAAUUGUUUCGCAAAACUUGUUUUUGUUUGCAAAAAACCCCUGAGUUUAUUUGUUUUUGCGUCCCAAAAAAACUUUAAGAUAAGCCAGUGAAGUAUAUAAAUAUAGGCUGUAUAUGUGAGGGUCUCGACUAACUGUAAUGUUGUGAAUAUUCAGUGACAAUGUAUCGUGUUCUGCUAUGCUUAGGAUUCCUGAGUCCCAUUUUAUCGUUUUCAAUACCAAAGCAAUGCAAGAGAGAAGACUCAGCAUGCCUUGAAGAACUAGCAAACGCCGCAGCCAAAUAUAUCAAUUCUGGAGUCCCUGAGCUAGGAAUUGAACCACUGGACCCUCUAAUAAUAGAGAAGCAAGUCGGAACUGUUGCCAGUCUCGAUUACAAGUUCAUAAAUAGAACUAUUGGUGGAUUAAGCAACUGUCACAUAGGGAAAAUAAAGCUAAAUACUGACCUCAGCAAUUUACAAUAUCAACUGGAUUGUAACAAACUUGUUCAACGCGGAAAAUAUGAGCUGGAUGGUCAACUUCUCAUCAUUCCUGUGCAUGGCAAGGGAGAUUUCACUAUGAUGGGAGGAAAAUACCUUUUUGAAUACAAUCUCGACUUGAAGAAAACCAAAGGUAGCGACGGAAAAACUUACUUGACCAUCAAGAAUUUCAAAAUUAAGUAUGACCCACGAGAACCGCUUAUUUUCGAAUUCGAAAACUUAUUUAACGGUCAAAAGGAAUUGUCCAGUGCAAUACACAAUUUCGCUCAUGACAACUGGAAGGACUUAGCUGAUGUGCUCCAAGAGCCAGUGAUGAAUCCCGCCUGGGAGAGGAUCUUCAAAAACGUCAACAAGUUCCUCAAAACACUGCCCGUUGAAGACGUGCUCAUUGAUUGAGUGAAGUGAAAUAA